AUGGUGUUAGAAGAGCCCCCGAUUGGUGGAAAGAAAUCCCGGAAUAUAGAAGACAUAUGCUCAGCAGUACGUCGUACAGAUACCGCCAUGUUUAUCAAUGUGUCGUACGAGGCGACGGACACGACUGAUACGAGGCGACUGACUGAUAACGAAAUAGCUGUUGACCGCGACUUCGUCUGCGUAUAUAGAAAAUAUAAAGAACAGAUUGGGCGUGAAAGACACGCUCUAGAAAUUAAACUGUUUUGUCAUCUAUCAUCUGGAGCUGAGCCACCUAUAGAAUCUGAUAUACCAUUUUUUUAUGGCACUGUGUUUGGAAGUAAGUAUGACUGGCAAUAUGUUGCUAAAAGAAAAACUUCAAAACAACAAGCAUUGAAAAAUGGUGCAUUACCUUGGCCUCGUGGAAAAAUGCUCGGCGGUUCGAGUUCCCUCAAUGCUAUGUUUUAUGUCAAAGGAAGAGAUUAUGACUAUCAAACUUGGUCAGAUGCAGGCAAUCCAAACUGGUCACCUGAAAAUGUAAACAAAUAUUUUAAAAAGGCUGAGUGCUUUGAAGAUAUGCUACUAAACAAUGACCCUACAAUAUAUAAAACAUAUGGUCACGAAGGCCCGCUUGUUGUUAACAGCUUUAAUAGUACAUUCAAAGAACUAACAGAUAAAGUGAUAGACUCUUGGGAAGACAUUGGAAUCAAGAAGGUACCAGAUUUCAACUCGGCCAGAUUUCAAGGGUAUGGAUUAUCGGGAUUAGCAAGAGUAACUGCACAAAAUGGGCAGAGGGAAAGCACAUACAAGGCUUAUUUAAAUAGAUUGAAUGAUAGGAAUAACUUAAAAAUUGUUACCAACGCUUUUGUUACUAAAAUUUUAUUCACAGAUAAUGCAACAGCCUAUGGUGUUGAGGUUGAUAUAAAUGGCGAACAAAAAAGAUUUUUGGUUAAAUAUGAAGUAGUUCUCAGUGCUGGAGCUAUUAAUACACCUCAAUUAUUAAUGUUAUCUGGAAUCGGUCCCAAGGAGCAUCUUCUAUCUAAAAACAUUUCAAUUAUCGUUGAUUUGUCAGGUGUUGGCAGAAAUUUGCAAGAUCACAGUUCUCUUCUUUUUCCAAUUUACGGAAAUGAACCUGGAUCCGAAAAUAAACUUGAGCAAUCGUUCGAAGUGGCAAAAUAUCUAUAUAAUAAAACUGGGUAUUAUGCAAAUGGACUAAUGACAGACAUAAUGGCUUUCUUUUCUCGUAGUGAUAAUAUGACAUAUCCAGAAUUCCAAACCCAUCACGCAGUGUUCUGGCAAAAUUCGUCAAUCCUACGAAGGUUCUUGAACACAUUUAAAGAUGAUGUAAUUGAUUCUAUCACAAGAUAUAAUUCUUAUAACGGAUUAUACCUCUUUUUAUUACACCACUUACACCCAUUUUCAAGAGGAAAAAUUUAUUUAAAUUCAUCGAAUCCUUACGAUCAUCCAAUUAUAGAUGCCAAUUAUUUUGAUGACGACAGGGAUGUUCAAGCAGCAGUCGAUGGCAUAAAGGUGCUUUCCAAGUUGGUGAACACUACUUACUUUAGAUCUAUUAAUGCCUUCAUUCCUAGAAUUGACAUUCCAGAGUGUAAUCAAUACGAAUUCUUAAGUGACCUUUAUUGGAAAUGUUACGCAUUACAGACGACCGGUACAGUAUACCAUCCCGUAGGUACAGCAAAAAUGGGACCAGACCCAAAAGAUUCAGUAGUAAAUAACUUUUUAAAAGUUCAUGGUGUCCUAGGUUUACGAGUUAUAGAUGCUAGCAUAAUGCCAUUUAUAACUAGCGGUAAUACUAAUGCACCCACAAUAAUGAUUGGAGAAAUGGGCUCCGAUAUGAUUAAGGCAGAGUAUUCUGCAAAUAAUCCAUAA